AUGGCGACGGCAAGAAAAGGGAGAGAGCUUUUUACUAUUUUGGAAACUAGCGCGGACACAGAAAGUACAACGGUGUGCGACAGCGACAGCCAAGACGCUCCGCUUAAUCUUUCAGCCGAUGUGAAGUGGUUUGAAAUUCCGUACAGAAAGCCAGACUCGGACGAGGAAGACGGAGUGCGGGAAGAGGAGGAGGAGGAGGUGGAGGAGGACGGCGAGGGGGAGAAUGGAUUCACGAGCACAGCAGCAGCCGCGGCGGAGGCUGCAGACGCGGCCAGCUUCAUCGCAGGAGGAGGCUGCAACAUAAUUCUGGUGACCGGGAGUAGUAAUGGACUCAAGCACGAAGAGGAGGAGUACGCAGAGGACUGCUAUUAUUCUACCUCCACUAACUGCUCCGAUAGCAACUCAAACGACUCGGAUAUCGAUUUCUCCGAUUUGGAGGAGGAGGAGCGCAGGAGUUUUUUCAGCUUUGAAGAAGACUUGGACGAGGACUGCACUUCUCCGGACUUCUGGGGCGAACCUGACCAGGUAAUCUCGAUCGAGCCUUUCUGUGCUGUCAGCGGCCCUCAGCACUCGCUGGGGGACGAUGCUGACACCCGUGACUAUUUCCGGAUACUCUUCCCAGAUUCUCUUUUUGAACACAUGGUGGAACAAACAAACAAAUACGCCCUCUAUCGGCAGAGGAGGAGUGGGAAAUCAGACCCCCACUGGCACCCCACUGAUGUGAGGGAGAUGAGAGCUUAUGUGGGUCUGAACAUUCUUAUGGGCAUCAAUCAGCUUCCAGACACUGGCAUGUACUGGGCCAGUGAUAUUUUCAUAGGAAACGCAGGAUUUAAGAAAACAAUGACUGCCAGACGCUUUGAGAAACUCACUCAGUACCUUCAGCUGUGUGACCGUGAGUCUGAGCCCGUGAGAGGAGAGCGAGGGUAUGACGCCCUCUUCAAAGUCAGGCCUCUCCUUGAUGUGGUGGAGAACACCAUGUGGGACGCUUACACGCCCAACCGCUGUUUGACCAUAGACAAGUGUGCCAUUGUAAUGAAGGGACGCUUCUCCCCCACCCAGUACAUGCCGUCCAAGCCUCUCAGGAAGGGGCUGACGGUGUGGAUGCUGUGUGACUCUCGCUCUGGUUACUGCCACCGGGCGAAGAUCUACAUAGGAAAAUCCAGUGGGGACGAAGCAGCAGCCACCCUAGGCUACAGGGUGGUGGCCUCCCUGGUGCGCGGCCUAGAGGGCCAGUACCACCACCUCUUCAUGGACAGCUUCUUCACCUCCGUGCCCCUCCUGCAGCGCCUGCUUAGGGACGGGCUCUAUGCCUGUGGGCCCACCCAACCAGGGCGGAAAGGUUACCCAGAGGUUCUUCGUCCGUGUAAUGUGGGAAAGCUCUCCCAGGGUGAAUUCUACCAGUGCCAGCGUGGAAACCUUGUCGCUACUGUGACGAGGGAUGUCAAGGUGGUUAGCUGCCUUUCUACUAAUUCUGCGCCAGGGAUUGUGGGUAUCAGCCCAGGCCGGCAGCAGCGUGAAACAGACGGUGAGGGCGAGAGUGACAGCAUGGAGAGCUCCGGCUUGUCUUUCGGCGUCCCUCGACCUUUGCCCCUACUGCUGUACCAGGAGAACAUGAGGGGCGUCGACCUGUGCGACCAGCUGAGGGAGUGCUACCAGGUAGGCCGGCCCUGUAAGAAGUGGUGGCGCUACUUCCUGUGGUUCUACGUCAAUCUGUGCAUCGUCAAUGCCUACAUCAUCCUGAGGGAGAGCAGAGGGGGGACACCACCGGCGGGCUUCAACGGCAAGCAGUUCACUCAGCGCCACUUUCGGGUGCGCCUGGCCCAGCAGCUGAUCGGAGACUACCAGGGGGCAAGAGGCAUGGAGCGGGCAGCGCGCAAGAGACACGCAGACUCACCCAUAGAGUACGGACACCGCCUGGAACGCAUGUCAGAGCGCUCCCGCCGUUGCAGGAACUGCACCAACAAGGGACUGCGACAUGAAAGCGUCUUCGGCUGCAAGAUAUGCAACGUCCACCUAUGCAGGGGUGGAUGCUUCUCUGAGUUUCAUAAAUAG